AUGUCACAAGGAGAUAGGGCAGCCUUUGAACAAACUUGCCCUGUAUCUCCCUGUUUCAGUGUGCAAUCCCCAUGGAUGACCUACCCAAAGCUGUUACUGUCCAUGGGUUUGGUUUGUGCAUGCCCUGGGGUAAGCAGCAUUAUUCUUGCAGGGACACCAAGAAGUUCUCUGCCAUUGACCCAGAUCAUUGAUCAAGCUUGUCAGGAGGCAGAAGUUUACAAGGAUGCUGGAGUUGAUGGGCUGAUCCUGGAGAACAUGCGUGACGUGCCGUACACGGUGCGCCCUGGCCCGGAGGUCACCGCAGCCGUGGCAGUGCUCGGUGCUGCCGUGAGACAGAGCUGUCCCUGUGUCCCUCUGGGUGUCCAGGUGCUGUGUGCUGCCAACCAGCAGGCACUAGCCAUUGCUCUGGCUGCAGGUCCUGAUUUUAUCCGGGCUGAAGGGUUUGUGUUUUCUCAUGUGGCUGAUGAAGGGAUAAUAAAUGCCUGUGCAGGUGACCUGCUGCGAUACAGAAAACACAUUGGAGCAGACAACAUUCUGAUUUUUGCUGAUAUUAAAAAGAAGCAUAUGUUAGAAUUUGUAUUAGCAGAGCCAAUAGAAACAUCACCUUCUACUAAUCAACUUUAGGCCCUGAUGUGUUUGGAAAGGACUUAAAAGUAGCAUCUGUAGCAUACUUAAUGAGAGGUUAAGCAUGCUGUGAAGAUUCCUGUGCUGGCUGGGUCCGGAGUGACCCUGGAGAAUGUGAGGAAUUACUUGGAUGCAGAUGCUCUAAUAAUUGGUUCGUAUUUCAAGAAAGAAGGAUAUUGGGCAAAUGCUGUUGAUUGUGACUGAGUCAAGAAAUUCAUGGAACACGUAAGUAAACUGAGGGAAUGAGUUUGUCAGCAAACACUGUUUGUUUGUAGAAAUGUUUGUUUGCAGUGUGGUACGUCCUACGGAAUUAAAGCACAAAUGCGCAGCCAAAUGGCAAAUAAUACCAAAUAAAAAUGCACAUCAUCUCCAUAACUAGCUGGGAAGCUUGGUGACAUCCUUCACAAUAACCUGGUGCUCUGAUGUUUGCUUCUAGGCAGCACAUUUCUGUGGUGCUCAAAGCUACCAUCAGUGCAAAGCCAACUCUGAAAUCUUGUGUGAGAUAUUUUCUCCUGUAAGUUAAAUGCUUACGGAGUUUAAGAACUUUUAGAAAGUGCUCAUCACAGAUGAGCUGAGUUCUGUUUUGCCUUUAAGUACAAUAGGAUGCCCUAAGUUUACAGCUAAAAGUGUUGCAAAUUGGACAAGUUAAUUAGCCUUUCAGUUUCCCCAUCUGUAAAAUGAUGAUAAUAGCACCUACAUCACACAAGGGCCAUAAGACAUAAUGAAUGAAAGAAUGUACAGCACUUUCAUCUCUCCAAAUGAAGGGCUCUUUUAAAGUUCAAGAUCAUUAUUUUUUCAUUAGAAUUGUGCAUUUAUAAAAUUAUAGUAAUACCACACAAAAAUUUAAGAUAAUUGUGUGGUAAUACCACACAAAAAUUUAAGAUAAUUGGGGUAUUGAUUUACUUACAAUACUUAUUAGAGAAUGAAUGUAAAUAUUUAAUUACAUUUUAAGUAGUUUUGGAAUGUAGUCAAAAUGCUUUUGCAAAA